CAAUAUGGGCAGUAAUUGUACAUCUACCGAGAAAAAGAUCCGGUGUUAUAAAAUCAGGACAUUGCACAGCCAGCAGAAGUACGGAAUUGCCUGCAAGAACCUGGCAGAGCUAAAGCAGAAGGCAUGCAGGAAGUUUCAGCUGGAUUGUCCCACGACCUGUGUGUGCUUGUAUGAGGAUGGAACAGAAGUGAGUGAAGAGUACUUGGAGACGGUGCCAGAUAAUACAGUGCUUUUGUUGCUGACUCCGGGGCAGACAUGGCAGGGUUAUGUUUCGGACAUUGAGCGCUUCCUAAAUGCAUUUUAUGCAAGGCAGACGUGUAUUGUGGAGGCAGCACAUAAAUUGUUGGCAGAUGAGGAUGCUCCCAAAAGACAAAAGCUACUUGUAGAUUUCAUUAGUAACCUGAAUGAAAAUAUCUUGGCAGAGAAUCGUAAAGAUGAUGAAUCGUGGUUUGAAGGCAUAGAAUCGAGAUUCAAAAACAAAUCUAGCUACAUGAGGUACAGCUGUGAAAGCAGAGUACGCAGUUACAUGAAAGAGGUGCAAAGCCACACUGAUAGUGUAGAACCAGUGACAAGAGAUGAAUACAAGAGGAUCAUUGAUGCCAUGUACGAUGAGCUGAGAGCUGUGAAAUACAAUGGCUGUUACUUUGAUCGAACGGAACAGAAGCUUAAUCGUCUUUGUACUUCAGAAGGAUGGUUUUCUUGCCAAGGGCCCUUUGAUGCUGAUGCCUGCAGUUCUAGGCAUUCCAUCAACCCUUACAGUAACAGAGAAUGCAGGAUUCUUUUCAGUACCUGGAACCUGGACCACAAAAUUGAGAAGAAAAGAACUAUCAUCCCAUGCCUGGUUAAAGCUCUUAAAGAACGCAAUGAGAGAGAAGUGAACUGGCAGUAUUUCUUCAGCUUGCUAUUUACCAAAGAAAACUUAAAUCUGGUUCAUAUUGCCUGCCAUAAAAAAACCUCUCACAACUUGUCUCUUGACUGCUCCCAAAUUUACAGAAAAAGAAAGGCUCCCAAAAGAACUCUAAAGUGAACUGUUGGAGUGCCCUAAUACAUACUGGCCACUGAACUGACAAUAUGAAUUUUCUCUUUAAGCCUAUGUGCUAUUUUAGACAUGUGAUUGUGAGAUUCCUACCUCAAAUAUCAACCUUUCUCAACCUGUCCCUGCGCCAGUUUUAACAGGGAACCUGAAGGAGUUCUCGCCAAAAAUAAAAUCAAUUUUAUAUGAAAUUUUAGACAUCAAUUAUGAAGACCCAGUAAAAAGCACAAGGGCACUAAGGGACGCAAUGUAAGGUCAGGGUCCUGCAGGCAGUAAGUACAAGGCCUACCUACAUUCUGGUCCAAAUUGGGCUGAUCUGAUGGUUUGGUCUCUGGGCCAACAAUUGGAUCACAAUAGGCACCUAUGCAGGCCAGUCAGGAAAGGCCAAUACACGGGCAGAUAAGCUGCCAACUCAUGUCGUACCCAUGUAUGGCCAGAUUUACAAAGGGGCCUGACCUAUAACCAACCCAGACCUGCAUACCCACAAUGUCCACCUAGCCCCCUCUACUUUUAACCCGACCCGGAGAUCUGUGAAACCAGAACUGCAGUCACCUUUGACUGGAAAUUAUAUCACUCUGGAUGUGAAUCAACCAAGACAGGUAAAAAAUCCUUUUUGACUCAGGGAGAUGGGGGGGGGAUUGAUAGCCUGCAGUCAACCUGGGUAUCAACCUGGGAUGCAGGGACUGCCCACAUAGUCAGGGAAUCAUGAUGCAGGGUCUUAAGUUUUGAAAUGAACGAAUGCAGUAUUGGUUGCUUUGAAAAUGGUGCUCUAAUGUGAAACAAUAUUUUGUACCCAUUAAAACAAAUACUUUUGCA